GGCGGUGGCAGGAUGGUGCUGCUCCACGUGCUGUUCGAGCAUGCCGCCGGGUACGCGCUGUUCGCCGUGCGGGAGGUGGAGGAGAUCAGCCUGCUGCUGCCGCAGGUGGAGGAGAGCGUCCUGACCAUCGGCAAGUUCCAUAACGUGGUGAAGCUGGUGGCCUUCUCUCCCUUCAGGUCGGCCCAGAGCGCCCUAGAGAACAUCAACGCUAUCUCCGAGGGGAUUCUCCAUGAGGACUUGCGGCUGCUAUUGGAGACCUCGAUGCCAGCUAAGAAGAAGAAGGCACUGCUGGGGGUGGCUGACCCCAAGAUCGGAGCUGCCAUCCUGGAGGAGCUGGGCUACCAGUGCCAGACUGGAGGGGUUGUGGCUGAGAUCAUGCGGGGGAUCCGCCUGCACUUCCACGUGUUGGUGAAGGGUCUGACCGCCCAGUCGGCCUCCAAGGCCCAGCUGGGCCUUGGCCACAGCUACUCGCGGGCCAAGGUGAAGUUCAAUGUCAACCGCGUGGACAACAUGAUCAUCCAGUCCAUCAGCCUGCUGGACCAGCUGGACAAGGACAUCAACACCUUCUCCAUGCGUGUGCGGGAGUGGUAUGGGUACCACUUCCCCGAGCUGAUCAAGAUCACCCCUGAGAACUACACCUACUGCCGGCUGGCCAAGUUCAUUGGCAACCGCAAGGAGCUGAGCGAGGAGAGCCUGGAGGGGCUGGAGGAGAUCGUCAUGGACAGUGCCAAGGCGCAGGCCAUCCUGGAGGCCUCCCGCUCCUCCAUGGGGAUGGACAUCUCCCCACUUGACCUCAUCAACAUCGAGAGCUUCUCCAGCCGUGUCAUCUCCCUCUCCGAGUACCGCAAGGGCCUGCAGGAGUAUCUCCGCUCCAAGAUGAGCCAGGUGGCUCCCAGCCUCUCAGCACUCAUUGGCGAGGUGGUGGGUGCCCGCCUCAUCUCCCAUGCCGGCAGCCUGACGAACCUGGCCAAGUACCCAGCCUCCACGGUGCAGAUCCUGGGGGCUGAGAAGGCCCUUUUCAGGGCUCUGAAGACUCGAGGGAACACCCCCAAGUAUGGGCUGAUUUUCCACUCCACCUUCAUCGGGCGAGCAGCUGCCAAGAACAAGGGCCGCAUCUCGCGCUACCUGGCCAACAAGUGCACCAUCGCCUCCCGCAUCGACUGCUUCUCAGAGGUCCCCACCAGCGUCUUUGGGGACAAGCUGCGGGAGCAGGUGGAGGAGCGCUUGGCCUUCUACGAGACCGGGGAACCGCCCCGUAAGAACCUGGAGGUGAUGAAGGAGGCGGUGGUGGAGGCGCGUGAGGUGGUGGCUGAGGUCAAGAGGAAGAUGGAGAAGAGGGAGAAGAAGAAGAAAAAGCGAGAGAAGAGGCGGCUGGAGGCUCUGGCUGCGGCUGCAGAGGAGGUGGAGAACUCAGUGAUGGAGAUAGAGGAGAAUGACAGAGAGCCCAAGAAAAAAAAGAAGAAGAAGCAGCAGGAGCUGGAGGCCAGCUCAGAGCAGGAGCUGGACGCUGCUUCAGAGCCAGAGCAGAACGGGCUGGAGGAGGAGCCUUUGUCUAAGAAGAAAAGGAAACUAACACUGGAGGCUGCUGAGGAGGAUGAUGAGAAGAAGAAGAAAAAGAAGAAGAAGAAGGAGAAGGCCAGGGACUGGGACGAGGACUAGAGGAGCAAGCAUUGCUGGGGCUGGACUGUGCUCCAGCAGUGUGGACUCAGGACUGGCAGAAGGUCAGCAUGGCAUGCCCUGGCCAGUGCUGGUGGCUUGGUGUCCCAAGGAGGCCACAUUAAACCCCCCUGGGCACCUUGUGGUGUGGGUGAGUCCCUUGGGGCAGGCCAGCGGCAGAGCUUCAGCUGUGCUGGGGCCUCAUGUGGUGUCCCCACCUCAGGCCCCUGCUGUCCCCUUGGCAUGAGGCCCAUCCCUCAUGGCACUGUGGGGCAGGAACUGGCUGGCUGUGACUCUCA